CCUUCAUUUACCUUCCUUCUGCUGCAUAAGAUUUGCAGCGAUGGAACUUCGCGUAUGUUCUUAUCUUUAGGUAUGAAACUGUUUGUAUGUGCCCAACAUUGUUCUUCCCUAAAAUACUUCACAUAACACUACCAAUUGUGUAUAUCAAUUGCGACUUGAAGAAAUGGCGAUUUCGCUAUCUGCAACGGCGCUCACUCUGAAUCUCGCCCACAAUAGUAUCUGUACUGGAUUCAGAGUACGAACACGUCCUCGUUUAUUUCCAGGCUUCAUUAGAGAAGGAAUUGCUCACGAAAAUCAAAUUCCAGUAUUUAGGUUAGCCGUGAAAUCUCAAUUAAGUGUUCAUACAACCAGUACUAAGAUUCAGGGUAAAGGAAGAACGAAAAAUCCACUUCUGAGUGAGGGACGAGAUGAGGAUGAGAAAAUGGGAGACAUAUGUCCUGGUUGUGGAGUUUUUAUGCAAGAUGAGGAUCCAAACGUUCCUGGAUAUUAUCAGAAAAGGAAGGUUUCAGUCACAGAACCAAUAGAAGAUGAUUUCUACGGAAUUAUAGAGGAUGAGGAUGGGGAUGAGGAUGAGGAUGAUGCCAUGUUUGAAGGAGAAGACAGUGAUGGAGAAGAAAUUGUUGAUGGAUUUGAUUGGGAUUCAGAUGAAUGGGAGGCUAAAAUCAUGGAGGAAGAAGAAAGUGAUUUGGAUUUGGAUGGUUUUGCGCCUGCUGAUGUGGGAUAUGGAAACAUUACAGAGGAAACGGUGAAGCGAGCCGAGAAGAAGAGGAUAUCUAAGUCAGAAAAGAAGAAGAGAGCUAGAGAGGCUGAGAAAGAGAGAGAAGAGGUAACAGUUUGUGCAAGGUGCCAUUCAUUGAGAAAUUAUGGGCAGGUAAAGAACCAAGCUGCUGAGAAUUUGAUACCUGAUUUUGAUUUUGAUAGAUUGAUAGCCAAUCGUUUGAUGAAAUCCACAUCAAAUUUGAAUAAUGUUGUUGUUAUGGUUGUUGAUUGUGUUGAUUUCGAUGGUUCUUUCCCAAAGAGGGCAGCAAAAUCGUUGUUUAAGGCUCUGGAAGGGAAUAAGAACAACCCAAAGAUUAGUAAAAAGCUUCCAAAGCUUGUUCUUGUGGCUACAAAGGUUGACCUCCUCCCCUCACAGAUUUCACCCACAAGGCUUGAUAGAUGGGUUAGGCACCGUGCUAAGGCUGCAGGGGCUCCUAAAUUGGCUGGAGUCUAUUUGGUUAGUGCUCGUAAAGAUGUUGGUGUGAGAAAUCUAUUGUCCUUCAUCAAAGAAUUGGCUGGUCCACGAGGUAAUGUGUGGGUUAUUGGUGCUCAGAAUGCAGGGAAGUCUACCCUCAUUAACACAUUUGCAAAGAAAGAAGGGGCUAAAGUGACAAAGCUUACAGAAGCUCCAAUUCCGGGGACGACCCUCGGGAUUUUGAGAAUUGCGGGGAUUUUGUCAGCCAAGGCCAAGUUGUUUGACACUCCUGGUCUUCUACAUCCUUAUCUAGCGUCCAUGAGAUUGGAUAGGGAAGAACAAAAGAUGGUCGAAAUCCGAAAGGAGCUCCAACCGAGGACUUAUCGAGUAAAGGUAGGACAGGCCGUGCAUGUUGGUGGUUUGGUAAGACUUGACCUCAGCCAAGCUUCAGUACAGACAAUUUAUGUUACAGUUUGGGCAUCACCAAAUGUUUCUCUUCACUUGGGGAAGAUUGAAAAUGCCGAUGAGAUAUGGAAGAAACAUGCAGGUGUAAGGUUGCAGCCACCCAUUGGCGUAGACCGUGCUUCUGAAAUUGGCAAAUGGGAGGAGAGAGAGAUAAAAGUGUCUGGCAGCAGUUGGGACGUCAAUAGCAUUGAUAUUUCAAUAGCAGGUUUAGGCUGGUUUUCUUUGGGUCUCAAAGGUGAAGCAACCUUGACACUGUGGAUAGACAAUGGGAUAGAAGUAAGUUUGAGAGAACCGUUGGUUCUUGAUCGAGCAGCGUUCCUCGAGAGGCCCGGUUUCUGGCUACCAAAAGCCAUAUCCAAUAGCAUUGGCAAUGAAACAAAACUUGAUGCACAGAGGAGAAAAGCCUUAGAGGAGGAGAGUGUGGAGGUUUGUACAUGAGAGAAGGUACACGUGUGUUCGAGCUCGAGGCUCCGAGGAGGUUGUUUGAGAUUUUGAACUUGAAGUUUGUUCAAUCAAUGAGCUUUUGUAUAGAUGAUAGUGUAAAAUCGUCAAAAAGUGUAUGAGUAGCAUAGAAAAGUUGCCUU